AUAAAGCACCGACCCUUCUCAUAAAACUCCUGCAAAGCCAAACAUCUGUAGCAUACUCACCCAACCUGGUCCACUUUUUGCAAGAAAUGGACUCUGUUCAACGGUUGGUAUUCAAACCGCCGGAGACUCCAAGGGAGCCUAUGGAGUUCCUAUCUCGCUCUUGGAGUGUCUCUGCUCAUGAAGUCUCCAAGGCUAUAGCUCCACCUCAGAUGGUAGCUAAGGCAAUGAGGGGUGGAUUUAAUGGUAACGAUGGUCCGUGUGGUGGUGGUGGUGAGACUAUACAGGAGGAUAUUGUCGGAGAGUUGGAGGAGUCAGCGACUGUUUCGGGGAACCCUUUUUCUUUUGCUUCUUCUGAGACUUCUCAGCUUGUCAUGGAACGUAUAAUGUCACAGUCUCAGGAGGUAUCACCUCGCACCUCUGGAAGACUUUCUCACAGCAGUGGCCCUUUGAAUGGUGGCUCUAUCACCGAUAGCCCCCCUGUAUCUCCCUCCGAAAUAGAUGAUGUCAAGUUUUCUCGCUUGAACAAUCCAGGGAACACACAGUACAGAGGUGGAGCCACCGGUGGUGUGGCCGCGGGCGGUGGAGGAAAGACAGUGGGGAGGUGGUUAAAGGACAGGAGAGAGAAGAAAAAAGAGGAGACUAGAGCCCAAAAUGCCCAGCUCCAUGCUGCUAUUUCAGUUGCAGGGGUUGCGGCAGCUGUGGCAGCGAUUGCUGCUGCCACAGCUGCGUCGUCUGGGACUGGGAAGGAUGAGCAGAUGGCAAAAACUGACAUGGCCGUGGCUUCUGCCGCCACAUUGGUUGCAGCACAGUGUGUGGAGGCUGCUGAGGCAAUGGGGGCUGAGCGCGAACACCUUGCAUCUGUUGUUAGUUCAGCAGUUAAUGUCCGAUCAGCCGGUGAUAUUAUGACUUUGACAGCAGCUGCUGCAACAGCUCUGCGUGGUGCGGCGACAUUGAAGGCUAGGGCAUUGAAGGAAGUGUGGAAUAUAGCGUCAGUGAUUCCAGUUGAAAAAGGGUUGGGAGUUAGUGGUAAUGGUGGCAGUAAUGGCAGUUCUAAUGGUAGUUUGAGUGGUGAGCUUGUUCCCGAAGAUAAUUUCCUUGGCAUCUGUAGUCGAGAAUUACUAGCCAGAGGUUGUGAGCUCCUCAAGCGCACCCGCAAAGGUGAUCUUCAUUGGAAAGUAGUAUCUGUUUACAUCAACAGAUUGGGUCAGGUAAUGCUGAAGAUGAAGAGCAGACAUGUUGCUGGGACCAUCACCAAAAAGAAAAAGAAUGUGGUGUUAGAGGUGUUGAAAGAUAUUCCGGCAUGGCCUGGCCGCCACUUGCUCGAGGGCGGUGAGCACCGCAGAUACUUUGCGUUAAAGACGGUAUUGCGCGGAGUUGUCGAAUUCGAGUGCAAGAACCAAAGAGAGUAUGAUAUAUGGACGCAAGGUGUAUCAAGGCUGCUCACCAUUGCUGCAGAAAGGAACAAUAGACAUAGAAUUUGAAGUUUUAUCCCAAAGAUGGGUGUCAUGGCAAAUUGGGUAUUUAGAUUAGUAGAUUUCAUGUGCUUUUUGAUGGUUCAGACUAACCAUAUGUUUGAAAUUGGGUGGGGUUGUUUUCUAUUCUCUCUUUUCAUUUCAUUUUCUUUGUUUUUUUCUUUUGAGUAUUCCUAGUGUAAAAAGAAGUAAUUAAAGUAUAAGUUAUCCAAAUGGGGACCUCUUCUCUUUGAAGAAUGCAUUGUUGGGCUUUGGUGGUUGUUUUUGAACUGUUAAAGUAAAGUGAACUGGAUGAAAGCUAGGAAGCCCAUGUGAUUCGUCCCUCAGGUUGUUUCACUAUUUGAGAGAAAAAAGGAGUAUCUUGGACUAGGGAGGAGUCAAAAAGAGGAGGAAGAAUCCCAUUUUGAGUAAAAAGAAUAAGAGAUAAAGACAUUCCCUUGAUUCUAUGUGCUUUGCUGAUAUAUGGGGUCUUUGCUUUUCUUUUCUUUGUUCAAUUGGGAAUGAGGUGUUUGUCGAUAUGUAUUCUCUCCAAUUUUUUUCUUGAUGGAUCAGUUGCUCUCUAUUUAUGGGACCUUCACUCAUUGAUAGGCGGAAGAUUUGCCAAGGAUGAAAUUGAAGAAAAAUAUAUAUUGGAGAGUAUUUGCAUCCGUUUAAUUGGGUUUUGUGAUCUAGUGAUUGUCUGGAUUUGUAAUCUUCUGC